AUGUCGAAACCAGCGUCAUUUAAACCUACCCUUAUCAUCCACGGCGGCGCCGGAAAUAUCCAACGCUCCAAACUCCCCCCAGACCUCUACGCCGCCCACCACGCAUCGCUCCAAUCCUAUCUCCGCUCUACACACACCCUCCUCAAAAAUGGCAGCACAGCUCUGGAUGCUGCCGUCCACGCCGUCUCGCUCCUCGAAGACGACCCUCUCUUCAACUGCGGCCGCGGCAGCGUCUUCACAACAGCCGGCACAAUCGAAAUGGAAGCCUCAGUAAUGGUGACAUCCGUGCACCAAUACGACGUAACACAACCAGGCGCAAUCAAGCGCGGCGCGGGCGUGAUGGGUGUCCGUAAUGUGCGUCAUCCAAUCCGCCUGGCGCGCGAAUCGCUUCUCAGAUCGGGUGUCGCCGCUGAUGGGUCUCCUGUAAAUGAUGGAGGGAGUAUGCAUUCUCAGCUGGUUGGUCCCUAUGUUGAGACUCUUGCUCGGGAUUGGGGGCUGGACUUUUGUCCCGAUGAGUGGUUCUUUACGCAGAAGCGAUGGGAUGAGCAUAUGAGGGGAUUGAAGGGGGAGGAGGAGCCUGUUUCGCUGACUCAGGGGACUGUGGGUUGUGUCUGUCUUGAUCAGUGGGGGAAUCUGGCUGUUGCCACUAGUACCGGUGGUUUGACGAACAAGUUACCCGGGAGAAUUGGCGAUACGCCUACAUUGGGGGCUGGGUUCUGGGCUGAGGCUUGGGAUGAGCUCGUCUCAGGUGUUGGUGAGGCAGUAUUGGAAGAUUCUUCGGUGGGUGGCUUGCUACGUGAAGCGAGGAAUUGGCUCGGUGAUUGCAUGCCACCGUUCUUACGAAAUCAGACUUUACCUAUUUAUUCGUCUCUCUCGGGUGAUGAUGCCUCUCAGCUGGACUUGGGGCCUGAGAAGGCAUGUCGUCCCUAUCAAUCAUCUGCUCAGUCCUCUCGUCGACGGGCCAUUGCGCUUUCUGGGACUGGAAAUGGAGACUCGUUCCUUCGGGUUGCUGCUGCGCGUACGGCUGCUGCAAUGCUACGGUUCUCUUCGCCCGGUAGCUUCCCUUCUGGCCUUGCAGAUACUGUGACGGCUGUUUCUGGGCCUGGUGGUGAACUUCAACGUUCCGCUGGUUCCAGGUGGAAGAAGACUGGCGAGGGCGAAGGAGGUAUUAUAGGUAUAGAGGCAGAGCUUGCCCCUGUAAAUAGGGCAUCGGAUGCCAAACUACAUCGGGGUAAGGUUGUAUUUGACUUCAAUUGUGGUGGUAUGUGGCGUGCUUGGGUAGAGGAAGAUGCUUCUGGCAACGACGUCGAGAGGAUUAUGGUCUUCCGAGAGCAAUAUCAAUAG